GCGCCCGGAGCUGCCGCCCCCCGGCUGAAGUCCGGUGCCGCCGCGCGGUGCCGUGCCGGGGGUGCCGUCACUCGGCGCUUCCAGCAUGCUCCUAAGAUGGCGGUAGCGGCGGCGGGCGGCGGCGGGGGCGGCCGGGCGCAGCGCAGCGGCUGGCUGGAAGUUUUGGUGCGGGAGCGCUGGCACAAAGUGCUGGCCAACUUGGGCGGCGAGGCGCUGGUGCUGAGCGGCGAGGAGCGCCCCGACGGCGCGGCCCACAACGGGCUGGGCGGCGAUGGGACGGCGUGCCGCGGGGCCGAGGGCGGCGGGGGGCCGGCGGCGGUGCGCACCGCCUUCACCGACCCUCCCGAGCAGGUGCCCGAGGCCAUCUCCAACAAGAAGCGCUGCGUGAAGGUGCUGAAGCAGGAGCUGGGCGGACUGGGCAUCAGCAUCAAGGGGGGCAAGGAGAACAAGAUGCCCAUCCUCAUCAGCAAGAUCUUCAAGGGGCUGGCGGCCGACCAGACCCAGGCGCUCUACGUGGGCGAUGCCAUCCUGGCCGUGAACGGCACGGACCUGCGGGAUGCCACUCACGACGAGGCGGUGCAGGCGCUCAAGCGGGCCGGCAAGGAGGUGCUGCUGGAAGUGAAAUACAUGAGAGAAGCAACCCCCUACGUGAAGAAAGGCUCCCCCGUGUCAGAGAUCGGGUGGGAGACGCCUCCCCCCGAAUCCCCGCGCUUGGGCUGUGCCUCGGCUGACACGAUGGCGCAGCUUUCGCUCUCCAUCCACAGAGACAGGAAGACAAUUCCGCUCAAGAUGUGCUACGUGACGCGCAACAUGACAGUGUCAGACCCCGAAAACAGAAUUAUUGAAGUUCAUUCACCUGAUGCCAAGCACACCGUGGUGCUCAGGAGUAAGGAUUCAGCUACAGCCCAGGCCUGGUUCAAUGCCAUCCACUCCAGUGUCAAUGAGCUCAUCCCCAGGGUGAUUGCAGAGGUCAGAGACCAGCUGGGUAAAACAGGGAUUGCUGGAAGUCGAGAGAUUAGGCACCUAGGCUGGCUUGCAGAAAAGGUGCCAGGAGACAACGAGAAGCACUGGAAGCCAGUGUUAGUGGUUUUGACAGAGAAAGAUCUCUUAAUAUAUGAGAGCAUGCCACGGAUGAAGGAAGCCUGGUUCAGCCCUCUGCAUACCUACCCCCUGCUCGCCACCAGGUUGGUCCAUUCUGGCCCAGGAAAAGGCUCACCGAAGUCAGGGGUGGAUUUGUCUUUUGCAACCCGUACCGGUACAAGGCAAGGGAUUGAAACGCAUCUGUUCAGGACUGAGACCAGCCGAGACCUCUCACUGUGGACCAGGAGCGUAGUCCAGGGCUGCCACAAUUCUGCAGAGCUCAUCACAGAAAUCACCACGUCUUGCACAUACAAAAGCCAGGAGUGCCGCUUGACCAUCCAUUAYGAACAUGGAUUCUCUCUUACAACUGAACCACAAGAUGGUGCCUUCUCCAARACAAUUGCACAAUAUCCCUAUGAAAAACUGAAAAUGUCCUCAGAUGAUGGGAUAAGGAUGCUUUAUUUAGACUUUGGAGAAAAAGAUGGAGAAAUUCAACUGGACCUUCAUUCCUGUCCGAAACCAAUUGUUUUCAUCAUUCAUUCCUUCCUGUCAGCAAAGAUCACAAGACUGGGCUUGGUGGCAUAAACAGGAUCCAUCUGUUUCUUUCAAGAGAGAUGGGGUGACCACACAAAUCUGAAGUACAGUCAACAGCAGCAACCCRUCCCAGGUGGCAGCAGACACCAGCCUGGGGCUCAGGACUGGGCCUUGGUCAUUUCUGCAGUCUUCCAAGGCCCAGGCUUCCUUUUGACCUGCUAAARAGAGGGCAUGAUAUGGAAGAUGGGGGAUUUAAUUGUAAAUAAUGGGAUUUUAAGAUCCCAUGUGAGACCAUAAAAGCGUGUAGUACCAUACAUGUAAAUGUUUCAGAACCAUAAAUUGUGCCUAUUUCAAUGUACUUGUCUAUACAGAGUAAGUAAAGGGCUAUGCAGACAAGAACACUUCUUGGUUGUGAUGCAAGCCAUGAUUGGUUGGGGAAAAAACCUCUAAAUAAGAUUGUCCCAUCUCCUGAAAGUAAAAGGUUCUUUCAGUCAUAAUCUGUGCACCUCUUAGAGAAGAUUUUUCUUCUGGAGCACUGCCAUACCUGCUGCAUGAAUACCCAGCAGAGGCUGCAAUUACACACCUUUGAGUUGGACACUCAARCAAUCCAGCUGUGGUCAGGGAACAGCUGGAGGGUCCCUGCCAGGGGCAGUUUCACAUUAAGCAGUAACCAUGUCACCCACAUUCCUGGUGAUGGAGCCAAAGCAGGACCUGCCACAGGGAUGGUACCCAGAGCCACCUCUCAGUGGGGCAUAGGCAGCAGUGUCCUUUGUUAGGAAAGAAUAGUUUAAUGAGUUUCAGGUAUCUGAGAUCCCCUGCUCAGGAGAAAGUUACCCAAAUCCAUGUUUAGCCUUGCGGAAGCUUCUGGCAGCAUUAUUUCCAUGGCAGUUUUCCAGCAGAAAGCUGUACAAACCUUCCUGUACAAACUCCUCCCCAUAGUGAGUCACCCUUGAUGCUCAGACAAGGCUGACUCUGUGGUCUUCACAGGACGAACAAAGGGGAGGAGGAAAACUUAAUGAGUUUUUGAAAAAUUUACUGAAGCAGGUCCACAAUAGUGAGAAAAAUGCACCRGGGCAGGAAUAUGAGCUGCACUCCUUGACAUGGAACUGCUCCUAUGGGCAUGACUUGGCAAAAMCAGAUUUCUUGCUGGGGAUAAACAAGAUGUUCAUCUUCAUGCCYACAACUUACCAGUGACUGUUUUGCACCACAGCUUACUGUUGUGAGUCAAGACAUGAUUCACUGAGUUUCAGCCUUGUUCACAGCYACCUGAGCAGCACAAAGCAGGCAGGAACACUGACCUUCAGCAUCAGAGAUGACACACACAGCUUGCACCUGGAAGUGAUAAACUGACAUCAUGUGAUCUGGAGGGAAUAGGAAGAGGCAAAACAGAGAUGCCACUUACAUUGUUCUUCCUUUGUAAACWGAACAGCUUUGCACAGUUGUGGGGGUUUGUCUGCUUUUAGAGUUUUGCCCUAAAUUGACACUUUGCAGGACAGGAAGUAAUAGUA